UACGUCAGAUACAUUAGUUGACAGACGCAAAAAGGGCAGCUUAGAAGCAAUUAACAUCUCGCUGCUUCUUUGGUAACAUCAAGUUUAAAAUUAUUGUGAAAUGGACCCCGCGUUAAGAGGAUUGGCCUGCCUUCAGAGGAAAAAGGAAAGAUGUAAAUUAAAGUUUGUAGACCGAGACGGAUCGUGUAAUUUUGAUGUAUGUUCCUGUUCCACCGGCAGUAGUUUCUCUCAAAAAGAUCACAUAUCAGAAGUCGGUUCUUGCAAUCAUGAUGUUUGCGCGUGUUCAAGGGCAUAUAAAGAUUACAAACAAAAACAUCCCGUGGGCGAUACUAUUCCGGAAGAAAGUAGUUCGUCGGGAUCAACUUCAUCCUCAGGGUGUAAAUGUAAAAAGGGAGGUAGUAGUUCUAGCGAAUCUAGUUCGGAUAAUAAACGCAAACGUAAAAAGAGCAAAUCGCAAAACGGCGAUACUUUUUGCUUAUGUAAGACUAUGAAUUCUUGUUAUUGCGAUGUACCAGGUCUGCCAGAACAUAUCUGUGCUGCAAAUAAAGCUGCAAUGCAUGUUUGUGCGGCAGCAAAGGCAACAAUAAAAACUGGUCCUGAUCAACCUUGUGGAUGUCCUGCCGACGCAGCCACAGAACCAGAACCUCCUCCAGAUACAAAAACUGAAUCCUCAUCACAUGGGUGUUCUUGUAUGUCCGACGGUUCAGGCUCGAAAAUAAUGAAAUUAAAUGAAGGCGAUGCAUAUGGUCCAGGAAAUUUAUUAUGUCCCUACGCGACUGGAAUAGUAUCUCCAAAAGUUUCAGGUUCUGCAGGCACCUCUAUACGAGCACCAGGUGGUCGAAGCUGCGUGAACGAUACUUGCGAUAAGAAUUCAAGAGCGGAUACAUGCACAUGUUCGACAAGAAGUAGUGGUCCCGGGGCAAACAUACAAUACUUUCAAGAAGUUGAAGAACCUCCCGACAUUGGCAUAGACUAUAUGUACUACUUGGGUGGAGCAGAAGAUUUAGGAAUGGAAGGGGCGUUUCAAGCCAGCGAUCUACCUCUUGAUGCAGGAAAAUACUGCAAAUGCGUACGCAAACCAUCAACACAAACAGAGGUGGGGCCGAUGCGUCCAAUACAAACGCCUGCAAAUCUUGGUCCAGUCGAUGUAACUGGAGGGCCCACCUUAGGAUUUGGUGGAGGAAUUGCUGAAGAUCAACAAUCAAAAAAAGCUGCUGGUUGUCAGUGCACUAAAUCUCCCCCUCCCUCUAUUGGAAAUCCAUCAAUUGUACCUGAAUCUAUUGCCCCUCCCUCUCCAGAACAACCAUCUAAAAAGAGUUCUAUUUGCUGCCCAUGCAAAUCAAUUCAAGCAUCACUUCCAGGAGGGGAUCAACCGUCAAUUAAAAAACUUCCAACACCACAACCAACUAUUGGAUCUGUAAAGUGUUGUGAAUGUAAGUCACUGGCUACUGAGAUAGGAAAACCUCCUGGUGAUGCUCCAGGACUUCCGUUUCAACAACAAUAUGUAGGGCCACCUAUAAUUGGUUAUGGUCCUGGAUUUCCAGAUCAACAACACCAAGAACAACAACAACAAACCGUCGAUACCGGUGGUCGUUGUAUGUGUAAUUCAGCUCCUGUGGUAACAGAUCAACAACCUACAACUCCAGGUGGAGGUUUUCCUACGUAUCAAGAUCAACGACCUCUGUCGGCUAUGCCUACCUAUCAAAACCAACCACCAUGUGCAACUUUAUCACCACCUCCACCUUGUACGACGAUGCAAGCCCCACCUUGUCUUGAUCAACCACCUGGUAUGCAAUAUCCUGGCUAUCCUCAACCAACAGGCCAACAAACGAGUCAACCACCAGGUAUGCAAUAUCAAGGUUAUCCCCAACCAAUGGGUCCACCAACGGGUCCACCAAUGGGUCCACCAAUGGGUCCACCAAUGGGUCCAUGUCCUCCUUAUCCUGAUCAGUCACAAGGUAUGCAAUAUCCCGGUUACCCUCAACCAGCAGCACCUCCUAUCGAUUUUUGCCAAGAAACUCUACGUCUUUUAAAAAGUAUGCAAUCAGAAAAACUUGCUUCUCUCGGUCAACCACAAACCGAUUCAUACGCGUUGCAACGUGAAGUUCAACAAUGUAGAUGUUGUAUUGCUGAACAAGAAAAUGAAAUCGGCAGGUUGACUGGUCACGUUGAAAAUUUGUCUAAAAAACGGGAUAAAGGUGCAUCUCGUGCCGGAGCAGUAUGUUCGUGUUGUUCUGUAGAUUCAAAUGAUUCGAUUAAGCAGCAACUGGGAGAACUACAACAAGAAUGCGAGGAAAUUCAAGAGAAAUUACAAAAGACGCAAGACGAUUAUACCGAAAUUAAAACAGUCAUUACUAAUGAAAAGAAUAUGGUUGAGGCCAUGCAAAAUGAGUGCAAGAAAAUUAUCAACGAUAAAGAGAAAGAUCUGGCCAUUUCCGGUUUGAAAAAGUCGUUGGAAGCAGUGAAAUGUGAAAACGAAAAUUUAACUGAAUUACUUAAAAAUGCCGGUGCUGUAAGUGAUGAAGCUAAGGAAGAAUUAAACCAACGACUAAAUUGUUUAGAAAGUCAAUUUGUAGCGGUACGCAAUAAGCUUAAAACGCAGGAAGAAACGGCUUGUGCGAUUAAAGGGUCGUUGAAGGAAAAGGAAAAAAUGAUUCAAGAGAUCAUAAGUAAUAAGAAAUCGCAAUGUGAUAAAGAAAAGGAUUCGUGCGUACAAGCCUUGAAGCAAGCAUUGGACGAUGCUAAAUGUGAAAAUGCUAAACUGCAAGGAAUGUUAACUAAAAUAUGUCCUGAUAAAGGUGACGCCGAUAAUGCCUCAUCAAACGGUGUGGUUAAAAAAGCAGCUGAAGAAUUAGGUCGAGUUCUGAGGCAACAAUCUGAUGCAGCCCAUCAAAAGAUAACGAAUAUUGUUGAAAAACUCCAAUCGGAAUUAAAGAGUACCAAUAAGACACUGAAAGAUAUAGCAAAAUCUAGCGGAGUACCUGUUGAUAAUGCAUCAGAUAAUUCUAGUCUUCCUUGUGGUCCUGCGGACGCCAAACAACCGCGAAGGAAAUGUAGUAAACUACAAGCCAAGGAGCAGGUGCAACAAGAUAUUCUCGAAGCUUUGUGUAGUUGCAAAACAAAAUCGGGAGAAGCCGUACAAAAUGUUGUCGAUCUGUAAUUAAAUUGAUUAGAAUCUGAUAACUAAUGUAUCGAUUACUUAUAAAAAUAACAUCAAAGUAAUCUAUUAACA